UGUAGUCUCAAUUGAGGAGCGGACACCGGCACCCCGCGCUCUCCUUGUUUACCACCACUUUUGCUCAACUGUGAACUGUAAUCAGAGGUCAUUUCAGCAAAAAUAAACAUCCCUUCUGAAUUCCACACCCACAGGCUGAAAUUAAAGAAGAUACAAAAAGAUCGCAAUGUUUGUGGCUGAAGAAGCUUUCCAAAGCUACAAUGAACCCUGCUCAUCGGACGUUCGUCUCGACACCACCUCUCGAGUCAAUAAUUGUCGGCCUUGUUUAACCCCAAAUUGCACUCUCCAGGGUGGCCUAACAGGACAUUUGAAUUAUGGAGAUGAUGAUGUAGACAAAUUAAGACUUGAUUCUUGUGACCUGUUGAAUCAAAAUUUACGACUUCUUCAGAUUUGCCUACUAUCUCAAGUAAAAGAGCUUGCAGAUGAUAAUAAGUCAUCUUUGCAGUUCCAAUUCACACCAGACUGCUUUUCAGUACAGAACCCUGAAGCGACUGGUCACGUUUUUCAUCUCUUGUGUCAAUGUUAUGACUAUAAAGAAGCUGAAGUAAGAUUCAGAGAUGUUUGGCCCAUCUACGAUAAGAAAACGGAUAGUCUGUUUCGUCGAGUCAUCUCAAACUGGUUAAAGGAAAUUAUUCCGAGGCAUUCGCAGUUUUUUGUCGAAGUCAAACUAGAAGCGCUGGGAUCUUUGCUGGUGAAUCCUAUUAGAGAUCGUUUCACACAAUUGAUUGAAUGUUUUGUAGAUCUUGUGUUAUCACGUACCAUGAGUGGUGGCAUGACCCUAUCUCCAGAAUGUUCUCCAGUGUAUAACCGGCCAAAGUACUUUAGCAACUCCUUCGUUACGUCCCGACAGAUAUUAUUUCUUAGGCACCAGACUUCAAUUCUUGUUAAGAAUACAACUAUAAUUCGUAACCAAAUGCUAAAAGCAAGCAUAAAUGCACAGAAGAGACAAGUGAAGCUACUUGAACGUAAACGGUCGUUUGAAUUAGAAGUUGAAAAGAAAUCGAGACAAAUUGAAUACUGUAAACAAAAAUUUCCGGAACUAAAUUCUACCAAUGAUUUCCAGUACUCGCCCUCAUCCUGUAUUGAAACACUAGGACGAUUACUUUCACGACAGAGUGACACGUUUUCUCAGGCGAUGAAAGGAAUAGAUAGUUUGUUUUCAACGCAAUUAGACAGUGUUGCCCACCUAAGAGAAGACGUGAAAAAACAAUUUGACCGAUACAAAAGUUUCUGGUAUAUAAUUGGGCGGCCGACUCAGGAAUUAAAUGUGCUGGAUGUAGAUCAAUUAUAUAUUUCAACAUCUCUGCCCAAACCAUGGAGUAUUCAAGAUUAUGUUGAUACUAUAGUCACCGUGACUAAAAAGUUUUUGGACGAUGAUCGACUGAGAGAACCUGUACCACCAGAUUUGCUGCUUAAAUUCAAAAAGUCAAACUUAAAAUUUAAUAGUUUAAAGUUGUGUUGGAAGCCUAUAGAAGCCCAGAGGCUUGCAAUUAAAACACAAUUCUCAGAGUGUGAUUUGAAUAGGCUACUCAAUGACGCGAAAUCCAAUUUUGUGGAUGUAGAUUGGAGUAUUCUUUCUAAGGUCAAUAUUCCCACAUUGAACAAGUCAAUGCUUAUAACUCCUACAAAGGAAACAAAAUUAGUUGGAAUAAGUGGUUACACUCCAAGAAUUUUAAAUUUUCUACAACCAACUAUAAGUAAAGGUCAUACUUCUACACCUGUGAAAAUUUUAUCACCGAACCCAAUUUCUCAACGGAUGUAUACUUCGUCUCCCUUUAAUGAUAUUACUAAUCAAACAAACAACCCACAUAAUGACGUUAACUUAUCGGUGGUUGGUGAAAUAGUGGCUAACUCAGUCCCCACUCCAAGGGAAACACAACCCCCAAUAUCCCCCGUUCCUAGUGUUGAUUUGAAUCCUAAAAAACCACCACUGCCAAACCUUCGAUUGAGCCGCCCACCUUCUAGGUCUAACCAGAAAUCCUCAACAGAAGUUAUCUUAUCACCCCCCAAACACGACACGAGCAUCAAUAAUACAGUUGUUAUGAAUGAAGAUCCAGUUGUAGAUCAUGAUGAUAAUGAUUCAGAGUUAUGCACUCCAGAAACUGAAGCCAGACUUGCAAAACUUUUGAAUUCCUUAUGCAUGACACCAACCGCUUCAGCAAACUCAAGUGUUACUGAGUUACAGUUUACGUGCAAUACUUCGUUCGGUGGAAAUCCUAAUUCACGACGUUCAAGUUUAGCCCUUCAAGUCAGAACAUCUUUAUCGUCUUCCAACCUUACUCAACCAGAAGUCAAUAAGUCGUCCUUAAUACAAAAUUGGUCUGAUGACAAAGGAAUAAUGGAGAUGAGCUUUAACAGUUCAUGGGCAAAGGAUAUGAGCGAUGAUGAAUGACAUUGUAAAUUUAAAUGUAAGAUUCUGCCAUACUUUGUAUUUUCUAAUUUACAGGUUUCCAUUUUUCAUACUUGUAAUUUACAUAUAUUUAAUUAUCGGGAACAACCGUUUGCGAUUGCUUUCAAUGUUCGUUAACAUUAUAAACAUUUAAUCUCCAGUUUUAUAACGUAGAUAUUCAAAUUUUUAUUGUCGUUCAAGUUCGCAAUUACUUAUACUAUACAUGUACAAUUAUUAUAAUUUUAGUUCAAAUGUCUUUACAAUUUUUAUAUUGUCGGUUCGUGAGCGCCAUGCAAAUAAUAAUCUCAAAGUUCCAAAAUUUA